CUACAAAUGUCAAAAAAUUUAAAGCUUGGUUGAGGAGUAAGUGCAUUACUUGCUUCUGUUUUAUUUUCGAUAAUACAAAUGAAAUCAGUGCAAUUAAAACCAAUGCAGUGAUUGAAAUGUUUUGACUCUAAUAUUGCUGCUGAUUCAGAUUGUUGUUGUGAUAUGAUCAAGUCUAUAAUAUCCAAAAUCGAAUGUGCGUUGUUUGUCUGACAUGUACUUAUGUUGGAAUUUCUUAAAUAGAACAGACAUUUAAUGUCGGGAUUGAGUUUAAAAAUAACAUUGGAUUGUCGCAAAGGGUCGGGAGGCCUAAUCCCGCCUGCGCCAUGGCAUUUCUGAUGCCUCAGAAGAUGAUACUUCACAUCAUUUUAUUGUUUGUUGGUACUGCAUUGGCAGUCCCGCCAACAGAAGAAACCCUUCCGCCAAGGCCCAAAGAAGGAGGCAUAACGACUCGGUACUGUGAAUUUUACAAUGGCUCAAAAACACCGCCAGAGAAAGAGGAGUGCCGUCCAACAGAGACGGACAAAAGUAAUCACUGCUUUGUACUUUGGCAGUUCAACAAUGUGACCAACACCGCAGAACCAAAAUACAAAGGCUGCUUCCUCGACACUGUAUCUUGCGCAGACCGUGCCUCCACCUGUCGCCUACAUAACAUAAAACUACCUCUCCUCCACUGUUGUUGUGAAGGUGACAUGUGCAAUCAAAAUGUCACCUUCCCAGGCGUGCAAGACUUCACCGCAUAUACCGAGGCACCUCCAGAAAGGGUGCCAGCAUCCGCCUUACCGACAGCAUAUGAUGAUACCAAAGCGGUUAUUAUUUACACGUUGACUCCGUUAUUCUUACUCUUUGGUAUACUGGUGGCAUGCUAUUUCUUGUAUAGGCGACGCAAAGGCAGUUCAUUUGCAGAGCUCGCUAGCGGCGAGCCGUCGUUGUCUAGACCGCCAUCUGCUGGGGGAGGGAUGGAGAACGAAGGGCUUGGCUUAGUUGGUCAGGUGACCCUGUGCGAAGUGCGUGCAAGGGGCAGAUUCGGUGCCGUCUGGAGGGCCAAGCUGGGACAGGCAGAUGUUGCAGUCAAAGUGUUCCCGUUGCAAGACAAACAGUCCUGGCUUGCGGAGCAGGAGAUCUACCGGCUGGCGAGGAUGGACCACCCGGACAUAUUGCAUUACAUCGGCGUGGACAAGAAGGGAGACAAUUUGCAAGCUGAAUACUGGCUCAUAACUUCCUACCAUGAGAAGGGCUCCCUGUGUGACUACCUGAAGGCUCACACGCUGUCCUGGGCCGAGGCGUGGCGGAUAUCCGCCUGUGUCGCUCGGGGCCUGGCCCACUUGCACGAAGAGGGGGGAGAGAAACCCGCUGUGGCCCACCGGGACUUCAAGUCCAAGAAUGUCCUCCUCAAAGCCGACAUGACUGCUUGUAUUGCCGAUUUUGGACUAGCACUGGUCUUCGUGGCUGGAAGGGGGUGUGGAGACGCCCAUGGACAAGUCGGGACAAGGAGAUAUAUGGCACCGGAAGUGUUGGACGGAGCGAUCAAUUUUACCAAGGACGCGUUCCUGAGGAUAGAUAUGUACGCGUGCGCACUUGUGCUAUGGGAAAUUGCGUCUAGGUGCUCCGACGUAGGCACGGAGCCGAUGACGCAGUAUCGGCUGCCGCUCGAAGAGGAAGUGGGUUCGCACCCCAGUCUCGAGGAGAUGCAGGAGGCCGUGGUGCAGAGGAAACUGAGGCCCAACAUACCCCCGCAGUGGCGCCAUCACCCGGGCCUAUCCGUCCUUUGCGACACCAUGGAAGAGUGCUGGGACCACGACGCCGAGGCGCGUCUGUCGGCGUCGUGUGUCCUCGAGCGGGUGUCGGCACAGCGCGCCCCCGCGCCGCUGGCGCCCCUGCCCCCAGUGCCCCCCGUGCCCCCGCUGGCGCCCCUGGCGCCCCUGCCGCCGCACGCCGCCGCGCCCCGCCUCACGCCCGACACCACGCCCCUGCUCAUCACGGACCUAGCGGACAAUCAUAUUUGCUGACCGCAUGUCACCGAUCACCUGCCGCUCAUACAGUUUUGAUAUGUAGGUGAGUAGAGUUGAUCAAAGUUAUUGUGAGAUACGUGUAAUAGGUGAAUGCAAUUUUCUGUCGCUCUCCUUGAUAAGGGACGGAGAUAAAUUGUUUUUGGUUGAAAUUCCUUUGAAGGUGUCGUUUUAAGUGUGUCGUACUAACUGUUAUAGCUUUAUUUUCUAUGAUUUAAGGCAUUUUUCAAAAUGAAUUAAUCCUGUCUGUAAGUCAUGCAUAAAUUACACACGAGAACCUCUUAUUUUGUUAAUUACAUUGAAAAAUUGCGGUAUUGAUAUCAUAAUUUAUGUAAUAUUAAAAUUAAAGCAUUUCCGUUUUGCACCUUUUAAAGGAGGUAAUCGAUUAAUUGAUGAGAUAUCGAUUGGCCUGAUACUAGUGAUGUGAAUAUAGCAUAAAGAUUAAGAAACAUAAUAUUCUCGGCAAAUCUUGAGAGACUUUUAGAGAAAGUGUCGCACCCCAUAACUAGUACUUUCCUUCGUAGGAGUAUAAUGUAAAACAUAGAUUUACACCGUAUUUGUUUAUGUAUUAAAAAAAAUAAUUAUGUAUUUUCCACGUUAAAAGUGAAAAUCUUUGGCACAUUGCAAAUAAUCAUUUUAUAAAUCUUUACAUUAUUAAAUGAUUAUGUGCUAUAUAUUGAUUUUUAAAAUGAAUAUUUCAAUUGAGAGACUUUGCUUUCCUUUACCUAAGUACCUAUAUAAACGCAUUAUUGUCGGUAUGUACUAAGUGUGUGGUGUGAAAUGGUACUGCUGUAAAGUAUAUAUAAUAGGUAUAAAAGUGUAAUUUAUAGCAUGAAAUCGUAAAAUAUCGUAUGACUUGUCAAAUUAAAGAGAGGAAUUCGAAAGCCCGUGGGAGUAAAAUAGGAUAGUAAAUAUUUUAUUGACUAUCGAUUACAAUGAAUUUUUUUAUUGACUAUUCUAUAUGAUAUCAAUGUAACGUUAUGUAUUUAGUCAGGAAAAUGGUGGACGUACGUAUAUAGUACAGACAAUAGCAUAUGAUAAAAAUAUAUGAAGGAAAAAGUACUAUAAAUGAUUUUCUCUAUAUAUUUCGUCUUUACGUUCAUACAGAUUUUUUUAGGUUAUGUGACUAAAUGUUAUAUGUCAUAGUGUCAUCCUUUAGUUCCCUUUCAUACAACUACUAUCCGUCCUAUUCAUAGGUUAGGAAUCAACUGAUUUGAUUAUAAGGUUCAUAUAUAGGCGCUACGCAUCUAUAGAUCAAUUGCAAAUUGUCAGAGACCAAAUAUAUAUUUUUUAAUAAUUAUAUAGACUGCACAAUUCUAUCGUCUAUUUGGUUUUAAGUCAUCUCGUGGAAAUUCAUUUAAAUAUACAUAAUUUACACAAACGAUUGGCCGAAACGAUAGGCGAAAUAUACAUACACUAUGCAAAUUUAUUUCUUUCAUGUAAUUUAUGAAAGUGGUAGACCUGUCAACAUUUAUAUUUUAAAGUAGUUAUAAUGUGUAGCGCCUUAUAAUUUUCCUAAACAUCCGUUUAUUCAACGUUAUUUUCCAUAAUCAGCACUCUGUAUGAGUACAAAAGAAUUCUUUAUUUUAGGGAUAAGAAUUAAAAAACAUGUUAUUCACUUAUUAAAUGUAAAAUUGAAAUACAAAUUGCCCGUAAUUGGGUUUCUCUUAUGUUUGUGUUUAUAUUAUUAUCAGAAAUCAAGUAAUUACUUUUCAACUGAAGAGUUUAACUAUAAUUGCAGUUUAGAUCAACUAUAUCAUAAUUGAACCAAGCUGCUUUUGUGCCUACCUAUGUAUAGCCAUCCCAAAGUUUCACUGACAUUUCGAACCUGUCAUGUGCAGAAAUAAGGAUCAUAAAAAAGUUGUAAACAUUUUUAGAGUCCGUGAGACGUGAUUGAGGAAUUGUAUCAACGUAUUUUAUAAGGACUUUGAAUGUAUUUUAACAUAUUAAUUUUAGUACAUUAUUUUUGUAUAGAGUAAAUUAAUAUCGAUUUUCGAUUAAUUUUUUAUGUAUCUAGCCAGUAAUGUAAUGGUAGAUAUUGUAUUUUUGAAGCUUUUAGUGCAACUAGUGUUUUAACUUAAUCGCUUUUCUAACGAUUAAUUUUUGGAAUUGACUUGCGAAAACGCAUUUAGUGUUGAAUUAAUAUUUGACUAUGGGACUUCACAAUCAUUUAAAUAUUACUGCUAUGCGAUUUCCUAAAAGACAAUAUGUAAUUACUUUGCAUCUGGUGGCCCAGCUACCACCCGACAAAAUAACGCUCAUUGAAAAGCGAGCUUUAAAACGUUAUCUGUAGACUCACUUUUCAUUAACAACUGUCCAGGUUAUUGCAGUCCGCUAAUUUGUUGAUAGUGUAAAGUAUGUCUAAUGUAAGACGUACUAAAGUUCAGAUUCCAGUGAACAUUAUUAUGUCGGGUGGGAGCGGUGACCCAUAUCAGCUACGCCUAUACUGCUGUAAAAUCGAUUGUUUCAGUGACUGCUUAUGCUUACAUAUAUUUUGAAGGAUUUUCGUACCUAUUCCAUUGCAAAAUAGUUGUUAAAAUUUAAACAGUUUAAAUUUUAUAAUUAUUAGGUUGCUAUUUUAAAUAAAUCUGCCAUGUCAAAUCAUUGACUCUCUAUGCUAAUUUGGUAGUUAUCUCCAAUUGUAAACGUAAGUAUGUGUGAAUUUAAUGUCACAUGAAAAUUAAAUGUACAUUGAGAAACAAAUAAAAAUAGCGUGUAUAGUCAACCGAACGUAAAAAUAUCAAUUUUUGGCGAUCAAGUUUUGACAAGUCCUUAUCCAAACGAAAUACAGAAGUUUUUUAGUGAUUGGUUGAAAUGAUAAACGCUCAAAUUUACACAUGUCCCUUCUAGUUAUAGUUAUUAUGUUAACUGAGUAGAUUUUUAAUCACUAUUUUAAUACAAAAAUGUCUUCCGUGUGCAAGUUAAUAUACCGAAUAAUGGGUCUAAAUCGGGUUCGUUAUUUCCCCUUUCUGUCUUAUAAGAUGGAAUGAAAGAGACAGUCGCUCAGUUAGACACUUUUUUUUUACAAAAAUGCUUGAAACAUUGAUCCAAAACAUCAGACAAUAUUGAAAGAAUAACAACGGAAUAUUUGGCCUAAAAUAUAGUUUAAUUUACUCCCCACGAUGUAACCGCGGUCUUACAUGCUAGUUUAUAACUUCAGCGUAAAUUGAACUUUACGUGUUAUGAUGUAGUGCCAAAUUUUGAUUGAUGCCACAAACUUACACGAUACAAGUUGACCACAGGCGAUAUAAUGCUAUACAAUCAGAUAUUUUCGAAACUUUCAGUGAAAGAGAGCGAACCAAUCACAGUCUGGCGUUGUGACGCGCCGACAACACAGCAAUGUGAUUGGUCUCCAUUAUUACCAAGACCUCUAGUUCAGAAUAAGUCCCAUUAUUUGUAUAAAUAUAUAAUUAUAUGCUUGUAGUUGUAUCAAUGACUGUAUUUUUAUGUGUUGUUCAAAAGGCCAUUAUCAAGACUGCCUUAUUAUUAUUUAUUGUUAUUUGGCUUACUUUUAGUUGGUAAUGUUUAGCGCUAAUUGAAACGAAAGCAAUGAAGUAGUGUUAUGGAUAAGAAAUUGUACAAGGUAGCGCUUUGUCAGUCUGUUAGGGUAGUUGCGUACGUUUAAGGAUAUUAAAUGUUAACUUGAAAAGUACACCUGAAAUGCUGUUUUAUCUGUCAUUUCUUUUUCAUAAAAAUUCAAUUGCAUGCUGCUUUUUUUUUACGUGUAGUUAAUUUUUAUUGCCCCUGUCUCACUUUUUAAUUUUUGAAAGAGCGAGAAAAUAUAUCCUCUUAGCCAUAAAACUCCAAGUCUUACCUGUAGGCUUAACACGCGGUUGAAUUUAUGCUAAGAGAAUAUUUUCAUUAUUUGUUCGAUUUUUUUUUUAAAGAAAAUCGUUUAAUCCAUUUUUCUUUUAAUUUUAUGAAAUUUUUUAUAAAGACAAUUUUAUAUUAUGGGAACGUCGACUUGUUUCAUAGUAUUCUUCUUCACAUGUUACACAGUAUCACUAACAGAGUACAUAGAUAAAAACACUAUAAUUAAAUUAAGAUGAUAGUUAAAAUAGUGUUGUUUGCGGGACACCACUAUUUUAUUUUAUUUUUCUGGAUAUUAUUUGAAUAUACACGACUGCUUGGCCACAAUAACUAAAUACUUUGAUAUAUAAAUAGUCUUUGCACACUAUUUUAGGUUUUUUUUUUCAUUCAUACAGUUUUCACGUUAUAUAUUUUUGCCGCUGUUUUAAGCGUUACUUUGUGUGGCCAAGCUAAAAAUAUCAGUUUUAUAUCAUUGAAAACAUGUGAUUUAUAGACUAAUACGCAUAUAUCAAUGGGAAUCAUGGGUUUUCUUGAUUUUCCUUCGCCGUGUGCAUAUCACCACACAUAGACUAAGAAAAGUUGCCAAAUGUAAAUAUAUAGUUAAGGUAGCGUCAGACACUGCUCCCACCCGACACAAUAGCGUUCAUUGAAAAAUGGACUUUAAUGAGUCUUCUGUAGACAUACUUUACAUGAACAAUACGAGAACUGACAGUGACCAAACUGCUGAUUUGUUAAUGUAAAGUAUGUCGUCAGCCAACGCCUUAAAGCUCAUUUUUCAAUGAACGUUAUUUUAUCGUGUCGGAUAGGAGCAGAGUUGAUAUUGUGUGCUCUAUGCCACUUUAAAAUUAUCAAUUCGUUGUGAACUCAUACAAUGAACAUGAAACCAAUUUAUGAUGCAUUUAUUUACGCUUUAUUCUUGUAAUCUGUCGCUGCAACAAAAAGGGAAGCAAGUACACAUUGAAUACUACCUUUUAUAUACGUACGUCCCUUUCUUUUAGCAGAUUGCAAGUCAAAUUGCAAAUAUUUACCGUUUUAAAAGAUAUUCUUUAUUCACGGCCUAAAGCUAAUAAUUUUUCAUUCAAUUAGUCGUUGGUGAGUUCAUAAUUAAUAAGCAAAAUUAGGUUGACUCCACAUAUUGUAUCCAUACACAAGAAAUAUUUCAUAUCAUUCAUUUUUGUAUUGUAUAAAAUACGAACUGUUCAAACGAAUGACAAAUUCGGCAAUAAUUUUGGAUUGGUUGUUUAAAUAAAUGGUAGAUCCAUGUAUUUAUGUUUACGAUUAAUGUUUAAUUCAGUUAUGUUCAUCUAUUUCUCAGAUUGUAUUGUAUGUGGAGUCACUCUGAUAAUAGUAUGAGUAAGUCUGUAGCGUUAAGUGGCACGACGUUAAGAGAGAUAUACAUACAGAUAUACAAUAGAACGAUAAGUUUUUAGGCCUUCCUGUUCUAUUAUCUAGCUGCAUCCCUCUCUAGCAUAGGCCACUUUAGUUUAUAACCCGUUCGUUGUCCUUGUAUGCUAACGAGCGUCAUUUUUAUUUUUGAAUUAACAUAGAUGUCUGUUAAAAAUUGAUGUACCUACGUAAUAAAAUAUAUUUUCUAGACAAAAA